AUGGCUGAUACACCAAAUGUUGCCAUUCAGAGGGACCUGGACAGGAUGGAGAAAUGGGCUGAGAGAAAUCUCAUGAAGUUGAACAAGGGGAAAUACAAAGUCCUGUCUGUGCAGGGAAAUGACCCCAGGUACCGGUACACACUGGGGAACAACUUGCUGGAAAGCAGCUCUGCAGAGAAGAACCUGGGGAUCCUGGUGGAUAACAAGCUGACCAUGAGACAGCAAAGUGCUCUUGUGGCAAAGAAAGCUAAUGGUGUCCUAGGCUGCAUUAGGCAGAGACUUGCGAGCAGGCUGAGGGAGAUAUUAGGAUGUCAAGGCGUUCAGUUUGUGUCCAGUGUAUCCAGAUGCGAUCUGGUGGAUAUGGGUGAAAACAAGAUUUGUUUCUGCUGUGGAGAAUUUCACCUCACUAAAUGCACAGAAGAAGAGGCUGUGCUGAAGCUAUACCACGUGAAGUUGUGCGGUGAUGCUCACCUUCUUCUCAAGAAAGUGCUCUUUGCUCUUUGUGCCCUGAAUGCUCUCACCGCCACAGUUUGCUUGGUAGCGGCUGGCCCGCGGUUCUUUCAGAAUUUUUGUACAAAGAGAACAUGUGCAACAAGAAGAUCAUGCAUAGUAAGUGAGUGCAAGACUGGCGACCAAGAUCACAUUUUGGAUCCUGAUGAUUUUGUCGCACCUGUGCCACCUCCCUCAUAUUUUGCAACUUUUUAUUCUUGUACUCCACGAACAAGUCGCAGGAUGCUUGGCUCUGAUGUGAUACCGUUGCCUCAUAUUUACGGAGCGCGAAUCAAAGGUGUUGAAGUGUUCUGCCCUCUGGACCCACCUCCUCCUUAUGAAGCUAUCUGUAGCCAGAACAGCUCUGAGCAGGCAGGUGCAGUACAAAUAAGUGUCAUGGAAGCUGUUGUUGAUCCGGGGGGAGUGAGCGACAGACAGGCUUCUCAAGGUGAAGAAAUUCCUGAGUCUUCCAGCAGAGCGAGCCUUUCACCUUUUAAUGCAAGCUUGCUGCCUGCAGAAGGAGCCAGGAGAGCCUUCAAUCCCUUGCGUAAAUGGUCUAAAAGUGACCCUGUGCUGCACUGCUGGUUGCUUCAAGGGGCAGUGCUCAGCUGUGAAGCUGCCACGCAGACUGAAGUCAGACCACCACUCUGCGCUGUCACCUUGCGGAAGAGUUUGAGAGCAAAAGCUUUGAGGGGAAGACCCCUGUCUUUGAUAGACUACAAGUCUUACACAGACACUAAACAGCUUGUGGCGUGGAUCCUAGAGCAGUCCUCCUGCAGCAUGAGCCCUGACGUACAUGAAUUGGUGGAAAAUAUCAAGUCUGUUUUAAAAUCAGAUGAGAAAUAUAUGGCCGAAGCUGUCACCAGUGCCACCUUCCUUGAGCAGGUGAUGACACCUGCCCAGCAAGCCAUGUCAUCACGUGACGGUGUGUUACCUUUCAGACGGCACCCUGGAUUCCUGCACCUGGAGAGCUGUGGUGACCUGAGUACUUUCACCACAGAUGAAGACAGGCUAGCAGAGAGCAGGAUCCAGAGAGCAGAGCAUGAACGGCCUCACAGUCUUAUUGGUGUUGUCAGGGAAACUGUACUUUGA